AGGGGGAUCGGGUCCCCUCUUGGUCAGUCACUCCAUGAAUUCCUCUCUUCUCCCCCCAGUCCCAGCCAUGAGCGAGGAGGAAGAGCCCAGCCCCUGUCCGUGGGCCGAGGAAGAGGAGAAGCUGCCAAGCCUGACUGGCUCGGAGCGGGAGAUCUCGUGCGACAUCCAGUGCUGGUCGGAUAACGAGGAGUGGGGGCCGGACAGCCCAGCCGGCAGCGGGGGAGUGGGGGACGCCUGCUCCCAGCCGGACAGCAGCCCUGCAGCCUACGGGAGGAGCUACUGUCGUGACUCGCACGAGGACAGUGAGCUCGGGCUGCACGCCAGCUCAGGGGAAGACGGUGAGCUUGACUUCCAGCGUGGCUCACAUGAAGAUGGCGGUUUCAGGUUGCACGCCGGCUCGCACGAGGACGGUGAGCUCAGGUUCCACGCCGGCUCAGAAGAAGACAUUGAGCUUGGGCUUCACGCUGGCUCGCACGAGGACAGUGAGCUCAGGUUACACGCUGGCUCCGAAGAAGACAGUGAGCUUGGGCUUCACACUGGCUCGCACGAGGAUGGUGAGCGUGGGCUGCAUGGCGGCUCAGAUGAAGAUGGUGAGUUCGGGCUGCUUGAUGGCUCGCACGAGGAUAGUGAGCUUGGGUUGCACGCCGGCUCAGAUGCAGAUGACGAGUUCAGGCUGCACGCUGGCUCACACGAGGACAGUGAGCUUGGGUUGCACACCGGCUCAGAUGAAGACGUUGAGUUUAGGCUGCAUGCUGGUUCGCACGAAGACGGUGAACUUGGGUUGCACGCCAGCUCAGAUGAAGAUGACGAGUUCAGGCUGCACGCUGGCUCGCACGAGGACAGUGAGCUUGGGUUGCACGCCGGCUCAGACGAAGACGGCGAGCUAAGCUUCCGUCGUGGCUCGCACGAGGACGGGGACCUCGGGUUGCACGCCAGCUCGGAAGCCCCCCCCGGCUUCGACCUCGCUGGCAAUCCGGGCCCAGCCUCCGCAGCGUGGCCCCCUCCGGGCCCGCCGUCCUCCCGCCCCACCCCGCCGGCGCGCCCCUUCCAGUGCUCGGACUGCGGCAAAUCCUUCGGCUCCAACUCCACCCUGGCACAGCACCGCCGCAUCCACACGGGCGAGCGGCCCUACAAGUGCGGGGAGUGCGGGCGGGCGUUCAGCCGGGGCUCCACCUUCCUCCAGCACCAGCGCACCCACACGGGCGAGCGGCCCUACAAGUGCCCGGACUGCGGCAAGGCCUUCAGCCGCAGCUCCAACCUGCUGCAGCACCGGCGGGUCCACACCGGCGAGCGGCCCUACAAGUGCCCGGACUGCGGCAAGGCCUUCAGCCUCAGCUCCACCCUGCUCCAGCACCAGAUCAUCCACACCGGCGAGCGGCCCUACAAGUGCCCCGACUGCGGCAAGAGCUUCAACCGCAACUCCAACCUGCUCAACCACCGGCGCACCCACACCGGCGAGAAGCCCUUCCCCUGCGGCCUGUGCGGGAAGCGCUUCUCGGAGAGCUCCACCCGCACCCAGCACCAGCGCACCCACACCGGCGAGCGCCCCUUCCGCUGCACCGAGUGCGGCAAGGCCUUCAGCCUCAGCUCCACCCUGAUCCAGCACCAGACCACCCACAGCGGGGAGAGACCCUACCAGUGCCCCGACUGCGGCAAGACCUUCGGCCUCAGCUCCACGCUGCUGCGGCAUCGGCGGGCCCACACCGGCGAGAAGCCCUUCCGCUGCCAGGACUGCGGCAAGAGCUUCGGCGUCAGCUCCCACCUGGUGCAGCACCGGCGGGUGCACACUGGCGAGCGCCCCUUCCGCUGCCCGGAUUGCGGGCGCGGCUUCGGGCAAAAUUCCCACCUGGCCCAGCACCGCAAGGUGCACCGGGCCGGCGGGGAGGCCCGCCCGCCUGGCACCCUCUACAUCUGCGGCGACUGCGGGAAGAGCUUCCGGCAGAGCUCCCAUCUAGCCCAGCACCGGCGCACCCACACCGGCGAGCGGCCCUUCCGGUGCGGGGAGUGCGGCCGGGGCUUCUCCCAGAGCUCCAAGCUGCUGGAGCACCGCCGGACCCACACCGGCGAGCGCCCCUACACCUGCCCCGACUGCGGCCGGGCCUUCGGCCACAGCUCGGCGCUGGCCCAGCACCGCCGGACCCACACCGGCGAACGGCCCUACGCCUGCGGGACUUGCGGGAAGAGCUUCAGCCAGAGCUCGGCGCUGGUCCAGCACCAGCGCAUCCACACCGGGGAGAAGCCCUAUCGCUGCUCCCGCUGCGGCCUCUGCUUCCGCUACCUGCUGCAGUACACCCGCCACCAGAAGGUGCACGCCCGGGAGGAGCUGCUGGCGCAGGAGAGGGCCGGGGCGGUGCCGGGAUCCGGGGCGCCAGCGGCCUCCGCGGCUCUGGAGGUGGUGGUCGAGGAGGGGGUGGCGGUGGCGCUAGGCAUGGGAGUAUGAGAAUCUGCCCCCUAAGGGGGGGGGCA